CCUGCCUGAAACUUGGGCUCUCCUUCAGUCUGGAGGUUGAUGGCAGCACAAAGGGGCUCCUGGACCAUGGGCGAUGUGGUAGAGAAGAAUUUGGAAGGACCCUUGGCACCGUCUACAGAUGACCCCGCCCCCAAAAGGGGAGAUCUGGUAGAAAUCUUAAAUGAAGACAAGGUAAAAUUUGAAGACACAGGACUCUCCUUAAUUCUGCAGAAUGGCCUGGAAACCCUGCGAAUGGAAAAUGCUCUGACAGAUGUCAUCUUGUGUGUGGAUAUUCAGGAAUUCUCCUGCCACCGCGUGGUGCUUGCCGCAGCCAGCAACUAUUUCAGGGCGAUGUUCUGCAAUGAUUUAAAGGAAAAGUAUGAGAAGAGGAUCAUUAUCAAAGGAGUGGAUGCUGAGACCAUGCAUACUCUUCUGGACUACACCUACACCAGCAAGGCACUUAUCACCAAGCAAAAUGUCCAGCGGGUCCUGGAAGCUGCUAACCUCUUCCAGUUCCUGCGGAUGGUAGAUGCUUGUGCCAGCUUCCUCACAGAAGCCUUGAACCCAGAAAAUUGUGUUGGAAUACUGAGACUGGCAGACACACACUCCUUGGAGAGGCUAAAGAAACAGGUUCAGGGCUACAUCAUCCAAAACUUCGUGCAGAUUCUGAACUCAGAGGACUUCCUGGAACUUCCUGUGGACACUCUGUACCACAUCUUGAGGAGUGAUGACCUGUAUGUGACGGAGGAGGCCCAGGUGUUUGAGACGGUGAUGAGCUGGGUCCGGCACAAACAGCCAGAGCGACUCUGCCUGCUCCCCUAUGUCCUGGAGAAUGUGCGCUUGCCGCUUUUGGAUCCCUGGUACUUUGUGGAGACCGUGGAGGCAGAUCCUCUCAUCAGGCAGUGCCCUGAGGUGUUCCCGCUGCUCCAGGAAGCCAGGAUGUAUCAUCUUUCUGGCAAUGAGAUCAUCUCAGAGCGCACCAAGCCCAGAAUGCACGAAUUCCAGUCCGAAGUGUUCAUGAUCAUUGGUGGCUGCACGAAGGAUGAGCGCUUUGUGGCAGAGGUGACCUGCCUGGACCCUCUGAGACGCAGUCGCCUGGAGGUGGCCAAACUUCCCAUGACAGAGCACGAGCUGGAGACGGAGAAUAAGAAGUGGGUGGAAUUUGCAUGUGUGACAUUAAAAAAUGAGGUCUACAUCUCAGGUGGCAAAGAAACACAGCAUGAUGUCUGGAAAUAUAAUUCUUCGAUCAACAAAUGGAUUCAAAUUGAAUAUUUGAACAUAGGCCGCUGGAGGCAUAAGAUGGUGGUGUUGGGAGGCAAGGUGUAUGUGAUCGGAGGUUUCGAUGGCCUGCAGAGGAUCAACAAUGUGGAGACAUAUGACCCCUUCCACAACUGCUGGUCAGAGGCUGCCCCCCUUCUCGCCCACGUCAGCUCCUUCGCAGCCACAAGCCACAAGAAGAAGCUCUAUGUGAUUGGGGGAGGACCCAAUGGGAAACUGGCCACUGACAAGACCCAGUGUUACGACCCUUCAACCAAUAAGUGGAACUUGAAGUCGCCCAUGCCGGUGGAGGCUAAAUGCAUCAAUGCAGUGAGUUUCCGUGACCGCAUCUAUGUCGUUGGGGGGGCCAUGAGGGCCCUGUAUGCCUACACGCCUCUGGAGGACACCUGGUGCCUGGUGACCCAGCUCAGCCAUGAGCGAGCCAGCUGCGGCAUCGCGCCCUGCAACAACCGACUCUACAUCACCGGGGGCCGGGACGAGAAAAACGAGGUCAUCGCUACUGUGUUGUGCUGGGACCCCGAGGCCCAAAAGCUGACGGAGGAGUGCGUCCUGCCCCGGGGGGUGUCACACCAUGGCAGCGUCACCAUCAGGAAGUCAUACACACACAUCCGGAGGAUUGUGCCAGGAGCCGUGUCCGUCUGA